AUGAUAAAUGAUUGUGUUUCAGUUUUGUGUUCUGAUUAAACCUCGAAUCCGCCAAAUAUUUGUGCAUUUUUUUUAAUAAUUAUCUAAUACAUUUUCAUCAUUGAUAACUUUCAACAAUCAACCACUAUGUCUGCCUCUCUGGAAAAUCUAGAGACCCAGCUCGAAAUGUUCAUAGAAAACGUUAGGCAGAUACGUAUUAUUGUCAGCGAUUUUCAACCACAGGGACAAAGUGUUUUGAACCAAAAGAUCCAAUCAUUAGUCACAGGACUUCAAGAGGUGGAUAAGCUGAAGUCUCAAGUUCAUGAUAUUCUUGUACCAACAGAAGUUUUUGACUACAUAGACCAAGGCCGCAACCCACAGCUGUACACCAAGGAUUGUAUAGACAAAGCUUUGGCUAAAAAUGAAGAGGUCAAGGGAAAGAUUGACUCAUACAAACGCUUCAAGAGCCAUCUCCUGACAGAACUAUCAAAAACCUUCCCUAAUGAAAUUGCUAAAUAUAAAGCAAUAAGAGGCGGUGAAUAGAUGUUAUAAUUUGAUUAAUUUUUUUUAUUAGACAUACAUUAUCAUUAUUUAAACUAGGGUUGUCAAUUUUCUAGGAAUUUGACAAUAAAUUUUUUUUUAUUAAAAUAAAUAGUUUUUGAUUUAAUACAAUA